GGCCAGACAGAAGCCGUCUGUACAGACAGGAAAAAAACAAGGAACAGUUCACAACCUGUUUGUCUUUGACAAAAAAACGUUUUUUAUAUGAAAAAGAGAAUCCAGAUUGCACAGGAUCUUGUUUAACAGCUUGAAAAAUGGACGUCCCAGAGAAUUCCCCAGGGAUUAUGGGACUUCUGAAAACUUUUGACGCUUCAGAGUUUGGGAGUUGGGAAAAGAUUGGCUCCGGCGGCUUCGGACAGGUGUACAAAGUACGACAUAUUCAAUGGAAAACAUUGCUGGCGAUCAAGUGCCCUCCCAGUCUUCAUUCAGAUGACAAGGAGCGUGCCGAACUCUUGGAGGAGGCCAAGAAGAUGGAGGCGGCUAAGUUCCGCUACAUCCUCCCCGUGUACGGCAUUUGCAGCGACCCGCAGGGAUUGGUGAUGGAAUACAUGGAGACAGGCUCUCUGGAAACUCUACUGGCCUCAGAGCCACUGCCCUGGGAGCUGCGUUUCCGUAUCAUCCAUGAGGCUGCGGUGGGGAUGAACUUCCUGCAUUGCAUGAACCCGCCCCUACUUCAUCUUGACCUUAAACCCGCUAACAUCCUGCUCGACGCGCACUACCACAUCAAGAUUUCUGACUUCGGCCUAGCAAGGUGGAACGGCUUUUCCAGGAAUGACGAUAUUAGCCGUGAUGGGUUUUGUGGCACCAUCGCUUACCUCCCUCCAGAGAGGAUUAUAGAAAAAGACAGAAUCUCUGACAUUAAACACGACGUGUACAGUUUUUCGAUUGUUAUCUGGGGAAUUCUCACACAGAAGAAGCCAUAUCAAGGAGACAAUAACAUCCUGCACAUAAUGGUGAAGGUGGUGAAGGGUGUUCGUCCAGACCUCAGCGUUAUUCCCCGCAGUCGUCCCCAGGCCUGCUCAGGGUUCCUGGCCCUUAUGCAGAAGUGCUGGGUACAUUCUCCUGAAGCCAGACCCAGUUUUCAAGAGAUCACUUCAGAAGCUGAGGAUCUGUGCACCAAACCUCAUGAUGAGUCCAGAGCUUCCAUUUCUUCAGAACCAGAAUGUUCCCCCUGCCCUGCCCCAGCCUCCAGUGAACAGACUAGCAACCAAAAGCCAGUGAGGCCAAAGUCAGCCAUGUUACCUGAGAAAGACUGCAGCCUCUCUGAGUUGCUGUCUCAGAUCGACUCAGGCUUCUCACGCAGUUUUAGCGAUGUCAAAGAGGAGUCCCUUGAGAGCAAAGACAACACCAGCAAGAGACUGUCAGGCAUCUCCUCUGUGGACUCAGCUUUCUCAUCCCAAGGCUCGAUUACAUUGUCCUUUGAGAAGGAAAAUGCUGUGAAUGAAUCCAGUGAGUUACAGAAGAAGAAGCUUUGUGAAGCCAUUCGCACAGAGGACAUCGCUAAGCUGAUGAAGAUCCUCCAGCCACAAGAUGUUGACUUGCUCUUGGAGGGUGGCAGCAACCUGCUCCACUUCGCCGUGAUUCUGGCAAAUGAGGAAGCAGUUAAGUUUCUGCUGCUUAGCAACUGCAACCCUAAUUUGCCCAAUACUCAAGGAGCCACACCCCUCCACCUGGCUGCCGAAAAGCGGCUGAAGGGAGUGUCCGAGAUUCUCCUGAGCCGCAAGACGACAAAUGUCAACGCCAAGGACGAGGACCAGUACACACCUCUGCACUUCACAGCCCAGAACGGCGACGAGGCCCUGACACGUUUACUCCUAGACCGUUCCGCUUCCAUUAACGAAAUAGACUCUCAGGGACGCACGCCGACGCAUAUUGCCUGCCACCACGGACAAGAGAACGUGGUUAGGGUCUUGCUAAGUCGUGGUGCUGAUGUCCAUGUCAAAGGCAAAGACGACUGGACGGCACUACACCUGGCUGCCUGGAAAGGCCAUUUGGGAAUUGUGAAGCUCCUGGUGAAGCAGGCAGGUGCCGAUGUUGAUGGACAGACAUCGGACGGGCGCACUCCGCUCCAUCUGGCGUCUCAAAGAGGCCAGUACCGUGUGGCACGGAUCCUGGUGGAGCUCGGCGCUAACGUGCACCUGACCUCCGACGGCCUCCACAGUCCUCUUCACGUGGCCGCGGAAACGGGCCACACCAGCACUUCAAGACUGCUUGUGAAACACGGCGCAGAUAUUCACGGCCGGACAGCCAUCGGCUGCACCGCCUUGCACCUGGCAUCCCAGAGAGGCCACCUCCCGACGGUUAAAAUGCUUCUGGCGGAGGGUGCUGAGCCUGAGAGCUCCAACCAUGGCCUUCGCACGGCGUGUCACCUGGCUGCCGAGAACGGCCACUGCGAGGUCCUCCGAGAGCUUCUGCAGAGCUUCCCCGACGUCGCUAAUGCUCAAGACAGAACUGGAUUCACUCCACUUCACCUGGCUGUACGUGGUGGCCACAAAGAUGCCAUCUGCGUCCUGCUGGAACGUGGUGCCGACGCAGCACCACUGUCUCCGCAGUUUGCCAGAGAGCGCUCGUUUGACUACACAUCGGAAUCGGAGCCAGAGAGUCCGAAUCCUCUCACCCCGACAAAACUGGAGAGGAAAGUGGUUAUUCUGAAACUCACCAGCCACAAAAAUAUUGACGGCACACUGAUACCCGUAGACUCGUUGUGUGAAUCGGCGCCUUGUUGAGGGU